UCGGACGCGGAGUGGGGUGCGUGUCGCAGGCUGUCGCUGCAAGUGAUGGCUGUUUAUGCUCGCGUGUUUCCUUUGGAGUUGUGAUAUUGAAUCAGAAACGCUUCGAUUUGAGUUUACUAUAAGUCAGCGCCAUGGCAGACGGCGAGUCCAGCGUCCGUGUCGCGGUCAGGAUCCGGCCGCUGAUCUCGCGCGAGAAGAUCGACAUGUGUCGGGUGUGUACCUCGGUCACCCCCGGCGAGCCGCAGGUGUGGCUGGGCUCCGACAAGGCCUUCACCUACGACUAUAUGUUCGACAUGGACUCGGAGCAGGAGCACAUCUACAGCCAGUGCACGCAGCAGCUCAUCGAGGGAUGUCUGGACGGAUACAACGCCACCAUUCUGGCCUAUGGACAGACGGGCUCCGGUAAAACAUACACGAUGGGUACCGGUUUCGAGAUGGACGCCGGACCGGAGUCGGCCGGUAUCAUCCCUCGGGCGGUCGACCACCUCUUCAGGGGCAUCCAGGAGAGACAGGAGGCGGCGCGGAGGGCCGGUCAACCGGCGGCCGACUUCAAGAUCAGCGCCCAGUUCAUGGAGCUGUACAACGAGGAGGUGAUCGACCUGCUGGACCAGUCUGGUGUGAACAGGGGUCGGAAGUCUGCGAUUCGCAUCCACGAGGACGCCGGCGGCGGCAUCUACACGAUGGGGGUGACCUGCCGCGCGGUCACCUCGGCAGAGGAUUGUCUCAAGUGUCUGCGCGUGGGCGCGCUCAGUCGCACCACGGCCAGCACCCAGAUGAACGUCCAGAGCAGUCGCAGCCACGCCAUCUUCACGCUCAUCAUCAAACAGAUGCGCGUGGCACGAGCAGACAGCGGUUUUGCCGGUGAGACGGAGUCGGCUGACGGCAUCAGCAGCAGCGAGGGAGGCGAACAGGAGCAGCCCGCCGAGUUCGAGACGCUCUCGGCAAAGUUCCACUUUGUCGACCUGGCCGGCUCGGAGCGACUGAAGAGGACAGGAGCCACCGGAGACAGAGCCAAGGAGGGCAUCUCCAUCAACUGCGGACUGCUGGCGCUGGGUAACGUCAUCUCUGCACUGGGUGAUGAAACACGCAAGAUCUCCCACGUGCCGUACCGGGACUCCAAGCUGACUCGGCUGCUGCAGGACUCACUCGGAGGUAACAGUCGGACAGUGAUGAUAGCCUGCGUGUCGCCCUCUGACGCCGACUUCAUGGAGACGCUCAACACGCUGAAGUACGCCAACCGGGCGCGCAACAUCAAGAACCGGGUGACUAUCAACCAGGACAAGACGUCGCGCACCAUCUCACUGCUGCGGCAGGAGAUCCAGCAGCUGCAACUCGAGCUCAUGGAGUACAGACAGGGUAAGCGGGUGGUGACCGAGGACGGCACGGAGGCCAUCAACGACAUGUACCACGAAAACAACAUGCUGCAGACGGAGAACGCCAACCUGCGGACGCGAAUCAAGGCCAUCCAGGAGACGAUCACGGCGCUGACGGCGCGCAACACCCAGCUGCUGGCAGAGAAGGCCGCCGGAGAGUGGAUCGGCGCUGACCCCAGCGGGGAUGUCAGCGAGCUGGUAUCGCGGUACCUGCAGGAGAUCGAGGAGCUCCGUGCCCGGCUGAUGGAGUCAGAGAGUACCUGCGAGCAGCUCAGGAAGCGGGGUGUCAACAGGAACCUGUCGCGACUCAGCACCAGCCCCCGCCACCCGGGCACAGCCGAUCCCGUGACCUCUGAGGUCGUCACUUCUGAAGUUGUGACUGCCGAGGGUAUGGUGCGGACCAUGGUGCGCCGGUUUGAGGGGCUCGCUCCUGCCAUCCUGGACCGGACGUUCACCGUACACGCCGUAUCCUCCCCGCCCAGUCCUGCUUCCACCGCCGCCGCUGCCGCCGCCGCGGGGCACGGUGGGACCACUGGGGGAGAGUUGGACUGCGGAGGAGCGAGCGGCGGCUCCUGUCCUUCGUCCUCGUCUGAUCCUCGGGGCGCGUCGAAUGAGGUUGUCGACAUCGGCGACGUGCAGCUCUCCCUGGUGGAGGUCGACUCUGGCAGUGUCACCGAGCUUAUUGAGGAAGCCCGCCGUGACCUGGAGCGAGCACGAACCAAGAGCGGCCUGAGACGGUCCUCCAGCGAGGGAGGUCGAUCCUCGGCCGACAGAGAGACUGAACAGUCGAGCGACAGUGGGGACGAGAACGAUAAAGACUCGGACCGAGCCGACUCGGAGCCAGAAGGCUCGGUGGACGGACGCGGCAGCGACGACAAAGAAAACGAGGACUAUAACGAGCAGCUGGCCGAACUCACCUCGGAGAUCACAGUCAAACAGCGGCUGAUCGAGGAACUGGAGCGGUCCCAGCGGCGCAUGGACACCAUGAGGCAGCACUACGAGGAGAAACUGUCCCAGCUGAGCGGGAGGAUACGAGCGACAGAGCAGGAGCGCGAUAAGGUCAUCUCCAACAUCACGUCCGGCCGUCGCUCCGGCGGCUCCUCAGACGAGGUCCGUAAGGUGAAGGACGACUAUGAGAAGCGACUCUCCGAGAUGGAGCGGGAGAUGAAGAAGCUGCAGUCGGCCAAACGCGAGCACGCCAAACUGGUCCGCUCGCAGGGACAGUACGAGCGGCAGGUCAAAACGCUCAAGAGCGAGGUGACUGAAAUGAAGAAGACGAAGGUGAAGCUGAUGCAGCGAAUGAAAGACGACGCCAACAAGAUGAAACAGAUGGACCUGCAACACCACAGGGCCAUGUCGCAGCUGAAAAAGGAGCACAGGAAACACGAAAACACGAUCAAGUCUCUGGAGGCGGAGAAGAGGAUGAAGGACGCGGUACUGAAGCGGAAGCAGGAGGAGAUUGUGGCGCUCCGCAGACUCGGGAAGCCCCAGCGCACCCGAAACAGGCUCAGGCUCAAAGGCAGCGCCGACACGACCAAGCCGUUCUCGCCGGCCGCCGCCAAGAAGAAGUGGCAGUCGCUGGAAAAGACCAUCAACCAGCUGGCGCUGAACAAACAGGCCGUGGCCAGCAUGGAGAGGGAGAUGGAACGGCACCUGAAGGAGCGCGAGUCCCUGCGCCGUCGCCUGGCGCGGGUGAUGAAGCAGCGCGAUAAGGUGCUGCUGGCCGGCUGCACGCAGCAACAGAUGCUGGAGCUCGAGGAGACCAUCGAGGGCAUCCGCGCCAACAUGGACUACAUCAACGACAGCAUCAACGAGUGCCAGACGGGCAUCAUGGCCAUGGAGGAGUCCAAGGAGGACCUGCCGAUCCAGGACCCUGCCCAGCUGGUUCGUAACAUGCAGGACCAGGAGGAGAUGGAGUACCUCCUGGAGAAGCUCAUCUCGAUGACCAUCCACCAGAGCUGCGUGGCCGCGCAGCACGAGGCCACCGCCAAAGAUACCGAGGUCAAAAUGGAACAGAUGGAGCAGACGGGCAUCGUUCAGCAGCAGCUGCUGCAGCACCUGCUGACCGAGGAGGGCGGCCUGGACGCCACCGUUCUCUCCCUGAUCGCCGAGGCCGGGCAGCAGGAGCCCAGUGACGGCUCCGUCUCGGACGGGGAGGCCGCCGACCAGCCGCCGGCCUGGGCCGCGCCCGCUCCGGCCCGUGACAAGGCCCGGCGAAAAACCACCACCACCCAGGAGCUGCUGUACUCGAACGGCGGCGGCAGCGGCGACCCGUCCCCUGCCGGCUCUCCGGCGGCUCAGGAGGGCCGCGGGGGACGAUCCAGUGGCGGCGGGGACGCUGACGGGCGGCUGGCCAUGCCGCCCCCGCCCGCGCAGACAGCCGUACCGCCGGCGUUCACCCGGUCUCUGCCGCAGCCGCCGGCCGCCCCGCCCGUCUUCUCACGGUCUCUGAGUCACACGGUGUCCGGAAAUGACACGGUGUCCGGAUCGAGCAGGACAUUUGGCCGCCCCGACCCGCGCCCCUCUCCGCUGCUCGGUCGGCGAGCGUACAAGGACUCGCUGUCGCCGCGGCUGGCGCGACGCCAUGUGACCAUUACUAACAACACCUUCAGACCUUCUGAGACCAGCGCUGUGACCCCGCCCGGCUCCCCGGCCUCGUACCGCCGUCAGGCGUCCCGCGAGGAGAACGUGUUCCACCGGCUCACCUCCACAGGACCGGCACAGGAGGAGUCUCACGAGGUGGGCGUCAUCACGCCAUACCAGGGCCGGGCCGGCCGCGCCCCGCUCGUCUGCUCUCACGUGGCCGAGGGACACACCAAGGCGGUGUUGUCAGUGUGUGCCACCGAUGACAUGAUGCUGUCUGGAUCAAAAGACCGUACGGUGAAGGUGUGGGACCUGGCCACCGGCCGCCAAGUGCAGCUCCUCACGGGCCACCCCAAUAACGUGGUGUGUGUCCGGUACUCGGAGGCCGCCCAGAUGGCCUUCAGUGUGUCAUCCGCCUUUGUCAAGGUCUGGGACCUACGGCAGGGCGGCGCACAGUGCAUCAAAACGCUCAGCUCCUCGGGCCUCACCUCUGCGACUGUGGCCGUCUCCACGCCGUCCCGAACGCUGCAGAUGCCUCAGGGAGAGUCACAGAUCAACGACGUGUGUGUGAGCGGCAGCGGCCUGGCGCUGUACACGGCCAGCCAGAGCACGGUCAGGAUGUGGGACCUCAGAAAGUUCCACAGCGUGGGUAAGCUGAGCGGCGGCCACCAGGCGGCCAUCAUGUGUCUGGCCGUGGACCGGCGGCGCGGCGGAGACCUCGUCCUCACCGGAUCCAAGGACCACUACAUCAAGGGCUUCGAGGUGCCCGACGACACAAACGGCAUCGUCCAGCAGAGUCUGAGCCUGGACCCGCCGCACUAUGACGGCAUCCAGUGCCUGGUGGUGGCCGACGGCGACACCCUCUUCUCCGGGUCCCGAGACGCGUGCAUCAAACAGUGGGACCUGCGGCGACAGACGCUGCUCCAGAGCGUCAGUAACGCGCACCGUGACUGGAUCUGCGGCCUGAGUCUGGCGCCGGGCGGCCAGGCGCUCCUCUCCGGAUGCCGUGGCGGCGUGGUCAAACUGUGGAGUGUGGACGGGUGUCAGCCCCUCGGCGAGCUGAAGGCUCACAACUCGCAGAUCAAUGCCAUUGCCGCCAACCAGUCGCACGUCUUCACGGCCGCCAAUGACCACACGGUCGGCCUGUGGCGGCUCAGAAACUCGCCGGAUGCCGACGGCGAUCCUGCGUAGCCAGUCAGUACAAACGACGUCAGCGUCAUUUAUAGCGGCGCUAGUUACCGGCUCCGCCCAGAGAUGGCGCGCGCGUCGGCGGCGGUGGCCGAUCGGAGUCGACAGUGAUGCGAUUAUGUUGGAUGGGAAGUUAGUGUGAGUUGUGUGCAUGGCCGUGAUGAAAGUCGAUCGAGUGUCGAAUGUCAACCCGCUAACAAGAUUCGGCUGUGAUGAUGAUGGCGGUUUUCCUAACGGCAGUAGAAUGCAGAUUAACUUAUUUUUUAACGUGUGCGCAGUAACCCUGAUGUCAACAUUCCAUUUUUGUUGAGUCGUUUUAUUGUCGUUGCUUGUUUUCUAUUCAGAAAUAAACGAUCUGAUUAGACUUG